AUGGGUGGCCUUAUCCAUGCUUACUACGACUGUGUGUCGCCAUAUUCAUUCUUCGCAUUUACGCAUUUGCAAGAAGUGCGCGCUGUCCUCGCUAGUCAUGGAGUUAGCAUCGAGACACACCCCAUAUUCCUAGGAGGAAUCAUGAACGGCUCCGGAAACCAACCCCCCUGGCUGGUCCCCGCAAAGGCCAAACUGGGGCAACUCGAACUCGAGCGCGCAAUCAAAUACUGGAAAGUUGAGCCUUUUAAGAUACCGAAAAUCUUCCCUAUCUUGACUAUUCUCCCCCAACGAGCCCUAACAUACAUAAAACACACCUACCCCACCGCCCAAUUCGAGAAUACAGCCCACCUCUAUUGGCAGUGGUUCUUGUACAAACACCAAGACAUCUCCAAACCCGACAUACUCCGCGAAUUGCUGGCGUCACCUGAAGCGGGCUUCUCGCGUGAACAGGCAGAGGAGAUUCUGACAGCGGCAAUGACCGAUAAGAAAUGGAAGGAGGAAUUGACGGCUACGACGCAGGCGGCCUUGGACAAAGGGGCGUUCGGAGCGCCAUUUUUCUGGGUUGUGAAAACCGAUGGACACGGGAGGACAGUGGCGGAAGAGCCCUUUUUUGGGAGUGACCGGUUCCAUCAAAUGUGGGAGUAUCUGGGCUUGCCGUACGAAGAUCUCAAACUUCUACCGCGGGUUGAGGCUAAGCUGUGA